AUGGACAUCCUCAGGGUCCUCUCCCGGGGCAUCAAGAAGAGCGCGCCGGCGGCAGCCCCACCGCAGCUCCCGUCUGCCGGGUCGUGCCCCAACCCGCAGUUCUUCCACGACGACGUCGGCCCCGCCCGAGGCAAGAAGAGAAAGCGCAAGGGCCGGCCCCAGCACGACAGUGCCGCCGCCGCCCACGACAGCGACGGCGACGGCGACGGCGACAGCGAUCCAGCGCUCUCGGCCGAGUCCCACACCGCGGCCCCAGCCCCAGCAAACCCCCAGCCCAAACCCCAGCCGCCCACCCCCAAGGCCCGGCUGCUCGACGACGACGAAUGCCGCCAGACGCUCCGGUCGCACCGCCUCAAGCUCACCGUCCUCUUCAAUCCCGCAGACCAGCCGAAACCCCCGCCCAAGAAGGCUAAGAAGGACAAAGACACAACAGCUGCUGCAAAGCCCAGCCCCAGAAAGGACGACAAGAAGCAGCAGAUCUACCCCCAGCCGCUGACCUCGUUCAGUGAGCUGCGCCACCUCUACGGCGUGUCGCAGCAGUUGGCCGCCAACAUCACCCGCCAGGGCUUCCGCGUGCCGACUGAGGUCCAGAUGGGGAGCCUGCCGCUUCUGCUGCACCCAGAGACGGCCCUGGAGAGGACCGAAGCCCCGCUUGACGUCGCCAGAGGCGUCGAUUUUCUGGCGGCAGCCCCCACCGGCAGCGGCAAGACCAUCAGCUUCCUGAUCCCUGCCAUCGACGGCAUCCUCCGCAGGAGGGGCGAGCAGCCCUCUGACGAGCACGUGCUCGAGGCGCUCAUCGUCGCGCCGACCAGAGAACUCGCCAGUCAGAUCGUCAACGAGGGCCGAAAGCUAGCCCUUAGCACAGGCGUGCGCGUGGUCCUCAUGAAGAAGAGCCUGCGAGUCGCGGCAGAAGAGGCCGCGCAGGACGCUGACGCUGACCAGGACGCUGACGAGGCUGCUAGCGACCACGGCAGCGAGGCCGAGGCCGAGGCUGAGGCUGCGUCGGGCGAGAGCGGCGGCGAGAGCGGCGGUGAGUCCGACGGGCCCUCCAAGGACAGCCCGAAGCUGGCCAAGGUAGACAUCCUCGUGACGACGCCCAAGACGCUGCUCAACUUCCUGGCCGGUAAGGCAGGCGCCAGCAAGACGCUGCCGUCGGUGCGGUCGCUGGUCCUCGACGAGGCCGACGUGCUGCUCGACCCCCUCUUCCGGCGCCAAACGCUGCGCAUCUGGCGGGCCUGCACGCACGCCGACCUCGCGCUCACGUGCUGGUCGGCCACCAUGGGGUCCAGCAUCGAGACGCUCAUCGCGCAGCAACUACACAAGCAGGCGCGGCGCACCGACACGGCGCCUAAGCCGCUGGUGCGGCUCGUCGUCGGUCUCAAGGACCUGGCGGUGCCCAACAUCACGCACAAGCUCGUCUACGCGGCGUCCGAGGCCGGCAAGCUGCUGGCGCUGCGGCAGCUGCUACACCCCGUGUCGAGCGCCGACUCGGGCCCGGCGCUGCGGCCGCCGUUCCUCGUCUUUACGCAGUCCAUCGAGCGCGCGCAGGCGCUGCACGACGAGCUCAAGUACGACAUCCCGCUCGAGGCGGGCGGGUCGGCGCGCGUGGCCGUGUUGCACUCGUCGCUGCCCAAUGCGGCGCGCUCGCGCAUCAUGGCGCGCUUCCGCGCCGGCGACGUGUGGGUGCUCAUCACGACCGACGUGCUAGCGCGCGGCGUCGACUUUGCCGGCGUCAACGGCGUCGUCAACUACGACGUACCAACGUCGGCCGCUGCCUACGUGCAUCGCGCCGGCCGCACCGGCCGCGCCGGCCGAGAGGGCGGCGUAGCCGUCACCCUGUACACUAAGGACGACGUGCCCUACGUGCGCAGCGUCGCCACGGUCAUCGCCAUGAGCGAGCGCCAGGCCGGCAAGGAGCCCGGCGCCGGCACCGUCCAGCAGUGGCUGCUCGACGCCCUGCCGCGCGUCGCCCGCGACGACAAGCGCAAGCUUAAGGUCCGCGGCGUCGAGGCCCGCCGCACCGGCGGCCGCGCCACCAUCACCACCACGAGCGCCUGGCAGCGCCGCCGCGACAACAACAAGCGUGGCGCCAUCGAGGGCAGCAAGCGUAGGAAGAAGGAGGCCCAGCGCCAGCAGCGCGACGGCGCGCCUGCUGCCGAUGUGGAUGCCGACGCCGAGUGGGCCGGCCUGGACUGA